CGUGAUGUAACCAACGUCAACCUAUUGCACUUGGCUCCAUCACCAAAACCACCGAAAACAGCCUCACAACCUCUAAUCCUCCUCCUCACCCCCAACCAUGGCGAUGAACCCAGGCGAACAAACAGGAGUAAUUAUCUCCACAGCCGUCGUGGCCCUCCUCACCGGCUACGCUUUCGGUAUCUAUACUAUCCGAGGCUACCUCAUCCCACCCUCUCUGUUCGAGGAGCGCCGGCGCAACAUACACGAUCCUGUCGAGAGUGACGAAAGCGAUAUCGACGAGGAUGACACUGUUCUUGAUCAUGCUCCCAACUGGGCUAAUGGCACUGACGCCGAUAAGAGGCAGGGUUUGAAGAAUGUUGAGAAGGAGAAGGAGCCUGUUCUGAAGGACAAUGGAGAGGAGUGCAAGCUUGUUCUUGUUGUGCGAACAGAUCUGGGCAUGACAAAGGGCAAAAUCGCUGCUCAAUGCUCCCACGCUACCCUCGCAUGCUACAAGGCCCUCUCCCGCGCCCCCUCCAACUCUCCCCUGUCUAAGAUCCUCAAGCGCUGGGAACGUCUCGGUCAGGCCAAGAUCGCCGUGCAAGUCAAGAGUCAGGAUGAGAUGCUCGAGCUUCGACGCAAGGCUCGGUCUCUUGGCAUCACAGCUGAGGUCAUCCAGGAUGCUGGACGAACACAAAUUGAGGCGGGUAGCAUGACGGUGCUGGGCGUUGGACCUGCGCCUAGAAGCCUUGUUGACCAGGUCACUGGUGGACUUAAGCUGCUGUAAAUGGUGAAGACUCGAAAAGAAUAGAAAGGAUUUUGGGGAUACACGAAGACACGCACGGGAUUAUGAAUUGGGUCGGAUAGGUAAAAGUACUGCAAAAUAGACAUUCACGCGGGAAUUUGAUAGACAAACCCGCAUUUUUCACUUAAAAGAAGCAUAUUUUCUGUGAUAAA